AUGUUUUCAGGGGCUGAUGCUCUAAAACUUGGGGUGGCUCCAUUUACUGAAACAGGUCGUUUUAGUAUGAUGUCCGGUAUUGUGGAGGAAUUGUGUCUGCGUGGUCAUGAGGUGACCGUUUACGUCCCUGAGUCCUUUUUAGUUGAAUGCCACAAAAUACUGGGAUGCGAGUGUGUUUCGAUUGGUGAUUACAAUGAAUCCUACACAAAUAACAAUGAAAGGACAGGAUUAUUCUCAGAUAUACGUAUGUUUAUUUCAAAGGAGCACGCGAGAAGGAACUUCAACAUAUUUUUUGCUUUGGCAUUAAAGUCGGCUCUGCAAAAGGCGCAUUCGUUGCCCGAUGGUCUUAUAGUGGAUAUUGAAACUUGGGGUGUGGACAACCUUGCUAGGAGUUUGCACAUCCCCACCAUUUUUCUUUGGUCGUCACCGCAGUGGCCGGCUCAGAUGAACCCUUCUUUUCCUGCAGCUGGAAGUGGACUGAGUGUCCGUAUGAGUGGAAAGCAGAGGCUGAAGAAUUACUUAGUCCAGCGAGUAAACUACUGGAUUGCAAAGAUGCAUAAUACGAAAAUAGACGGAUCUUAUGAAUCCUUUGAGAGUCUCCUUUAUAAACGGCAAAUAAUUGCACCUUUUGUUUUCGGUUUGGAUGUCGCCCAGCCCUUUUGUCCGAAUGUUCACUCGGUUGGAUUCCUAAGUCCUCGUGGCAGGGAAACGGAGUCUCUCAAUAGCAGUUGGCUCUCAUGGAUGAAUGGAUGUACAGAUGGUAUUCUUUAUAUAAAUCUGGGGUCUAUUUCUCACAUGCCCAGUGAAUGGACAAACAGUUUAUAUGAAUCUGUUGAAGUCUUUAACAAGAAGACGUUAAUGUGUGUCUUCUGGGAGAUUCCUGAUAAUCGGCAUGCAUCCUUGAAGGCCAAAAAGAAUGAGGCACGUUUCCGAGUAUCAUCUUCUUUUUUAGUUCCACAACGCUCUAUUUUGCAACAUAAAAACACAAAGGUAUUUUUAACGCAUUGCGAAGGUGUUUCGGUUUAUGAGAGUCUGGAGAGUGGGGUUCCAAUGCUGGGAUUGGGGUUUUCCUCUGAUCAAGCGGAUAUGUGUGCGAGGGUACAAGCUGCUGGGCUAGGGGUGGUGUUAGAUAAAGCUGUUUUGCAUCCCUCUCGGUUUAUCAAUGAAGUUAUGCAGGUUAAAAACAAUCCAGACAUCAUCGGUAAUCUCAUGAAAAUUGGGCGCAUGGGAUAUGUGAUGGGGGGAUCAAGAAAGGCAGCGGAUGUUAUUGAAUUCGUGGUUUCUCUGGGUUUUGAUAAUGAGGAUUUUUUCUGUCGCUUCGUCCAGUUGCCGUUUAUUGAACAGCAUGAUUUGGAUGUUUUGUUUUUUAUUAGUGGCGCGCUUGCUGUUGUUACUUUUGUUGUUGCAAAGAUGAUUUCUCGUAGGAAAUCGACAAGAAAAACCCACAAAAAACGGGACUGA